CCGCCUUCCUCCGAGGGCCGGGAGGAUGGAGCCGGGGCCUGCGCCCGACGCGGCGCCGCUGGCCGGCCUGGCCUGGUCGUCGGCCUCGGCGCCGCCGCCGCGGGGCUUCAGCGCGAUCUCCUGCACCGUGGAGGGCACCCCCGCCAGCUUCGGCAAGAGCUUCGCGCAGAAGUCGGGCUACUUCCUGUGCCUCUGCGCCCUGGGCAGCUUGGAGAACCCACAGGACAACGUGGUGGUGGACAUUCAGAUCGUGGUGGACAAGAGCUCCGUGCCCCCGGGCUUCUCCCCGGUCAGCGACCCCCAGGAUUCUAAGGCCUCCGUUUCCAAGAAGAAGCGCAUGUGCAUGAAGCUGGUGCCACUGGGGGCCGCGGACACGGCCGUGGUGGACGUGCGGCUGAGUGGGAAGACCAAGACGGUGCCUGGCUACCUGCGGGUCGGGGAUAUGGGCGGCUUUGCUAUUUGGUGCCGGAAAGUCAAGGUGCCCAAGCCGGUGCCCAAGCCCCGGGGUCUCAGCCGGGACCUGCAGGGCCUGUCGCUGGACGCACCCAGCCAGCCCAGCAAGGGCCCUGAGCGCGCCCUGUCGCGGCUGGGCUCGCGCGCGUCCACCCUGCGCAGGAACGACUCCAUCUACGAGGCCUCCAGCCUGUACGGCAUCUCCGCUAUGGAUGGGGUGCCUUUCACCCUGCACCCCCGGUUUGAAGGCAAGGGCUGUGGCCCCCUGGUGCUGUCGGCCUUUGCAGACCUGACCAUCAAGUCGCUGGCCGACAUCGAAGAGGAGUACAACUAUGGCUUCGUGGUGGAGAAGACAGCGGCCGCGCGCCUGCCCCCCAGCGUCUCCUAGCCCUGGAGGAGGGGGUGUGGGCUGGACGAGGCUGCGUGGGGAACCCCGCGGGGGAGACCAGUGCCUGGAAGCCAUCGGUGUCCGAAACCCCGGGUGGCCCUUCGGAAUAAACACUACCCUGUCCGCGCUCCCCC